AUGCUGGGGACCGGUCCAGCCCCGGGGGUGCGCCGCCUGCGCCCCGAGCCCCCCGAGGAGCUGCCAUCCCAGGAGAACCUUCUCCUGGCGGCUGCCUAUGUCUCGGAUGCCCAGUACAACAGAAACGUUCCGUUCCAAACUUCCCCUCGGGCCGUCAGACUGUAUGGUCUUUAUAACCACCGGGCCACGCAGGCGGCCACGUACUUCUUCAUCUGUGUCAACCUCUCCCUUGCCCUGUUUGAGGAACCGGCGCUCUUCCCACUACCGUUCUGGGCCACCUCUGCAGCUGAAGUGCUCUGCCUAACUGCCUUCUUUGGGAGACUGGUCCACUUUGCAAAAGUCACUCCUCAGAAGGUUUUCUGGAAGGAUACCAAAAAUAUCUGCAUCAUGGUCACCAUCGCGCUGACCUUGAUUGAUCUAAUCAUCUACGGGUCCCUGGAGGCUGCUCACAUCCACAGCAUCAGGUGGUCAAGGGCCUUACGGCCAGUCUUCCUAAUUAACUUCCCUGAAAGUCGUCAGAUCCGCAGGGCUUUCCGCAGCAUCCGGAACACACUGCCGGACAUCCUCUACGUCCUCCUCCUGUUUCUCUUCAGCGUGCUGAUGUUCUCCCUCAUGGCCCUGAAGCUCUUUGGGGACAGGGGGCUGAAGACAGCGGAAGGGACACCCUACUUCACCAACCUCCUGGAGAUCACAUUCGAGCUCUACGUGCUGGUCACAACGGCCAACAGCCCUGACGUCAUGAUGCCCGCCUACAACUCCCAGUGGUGGUACGCUCUGUUCUUCGUGGCCUACCUCGUCGUCAACACCUACAUCUUCAUGUCCGUCUUCCUGGCCGUGGUCUACAACAACUACAGGAAGCACUUGAAGAAUGAGAUUCGCAAACUGGCCUGCCUGAAACGCCACAAGAUGGUGGAGGCGUUCCACCUCCUGAAGGUCAAGGUGGGCCCCGAGUCCGUGGUGACAGAGGCCGUGUGGAAGCGGCUGGCGAGGGCGGUGGCACCCGGCAUCAGCAGCUCCCACCUGGAGCUCCUCCUGAGGAUCUCGGACGAGGGACAGAAGGGGCACGUGGACAAAACGAACUUUCUGCGCUUGGCAGACCUCCUCAACAUCGAGGUGGUCACCGUCAACAUCAGGAGACAUCCACUGGAAGCCUGGGUGCCGCGGGUAUACCAGUCGUCUGCGAGCCUCUUGGUCCAGAGGAUGGUGCGGCACAGGAUUUUUGUCUGGGUCUAUGACGUCAUCAUUCUCAUCAACGCCGUAUUCAUCGCCCUGGAUGAGAGGAACCCCUUUAUCUCCCAUGCAGAGUGGCUUUUCCUUUCUCUCUAUGUUCUUGAGAUUCUCCUGAAGCUCUACACGCACGAGCCCAGAGCCUAUUUUGGAAGGAAGCAGUUCUGGAACUGGUUUGACACGCUGAUCAUCAUCGCAGCCCUGGUGGCCAUGGUGGCCAAUGCCACCAUUCAGUCAGCAAGAAAAUACAAGAGCCAGCAGAUACUGGACAUUGUCUUGAUACUGAGAAUCCUCCGGCUCCUAAGGGUCAUCGUCAGCAUUCAGAGGUUCCGGGUGAUAGUAACCACUUUAAUCAACAUUGGCCCCACGAUGAUCAUGUUUGGUGGACUCAUCUUCGUGGUCUACUAUGCCUUUGCCGUCGUGGGGAUGGAACUGUUCCAUGACAAAGUCCGGUUCUUUGACCCGAAUUUCACGGCUCCCGCUGCGCUGGUGUGCGGCAACCCAGCCUUGGCGGGGUCGGCCUUCGCCCGGGACAGAUACUGCAGGAACAACUUCAACGACCUGGCCUCCGCCCUGGUCGUGCUGACGGAGCUCACCGUGGUCAACCAGUGGCACGUCAUUGCAGGCGGCUUCGCCCUGGUGACCCACCAGGCGGCAAAGCUGUACUUCAUCCUGUUCCACGUCGUGGUGGUCAUCCUCAUCAUUAACAUCUUCGUCGCGUUCAUCCUGGAGGCGUUCUUUGUGGCGUACUCGUUAGAGAAAAGCGAAAUAGAGACCGCCAUAGAGAAGAAGAUCCAAGAGCUGGGCGUGGGGAUCCCAGAGGAAGACGAGCAGGACGGGCAGCUCACCGACGUGGACACCAUGGAGGGCGGCCUCGGCAGGGGUGAUGGUGACAGCAGGAGGGCAGCCUGGAAGGGGCUCUACUGCAGAAUCGCAUCAAAAAAGUAUAGGACUGUGGACACCUUGCUGCAGCGGAUGUUUGAGUCUGAAAUUGCUCCUGACGAUGAAGGCCCUUCCUUGGAUGAGAUCCUCAACUUCUCACCCAGUGACAUGUAUCCUAAGAAUCCCAAUUUUGAGAACAGCGCAUGAAGCUGGCUUGCAAGGACCCACAAGGGGAAACCGAGAGGUGGCCAGCUCCUUUGGCACGUGCUACCUGGAGAUGAGUUUCCUGCCCCGUUCCCUUUUGUAACUGGAUGAACCUGUGAACCGGCCAUGACUGUCCCAAGCGGUCAGCAGUGUGGUGUGGGAGGGCUGCCGAGUGUGACCUGCGGCCAUUCUUGGGUCUGAUCAUGGAAGACAGGGAAGCUGGAAGAGAUCAUGUGGAAGACUUGUCCUGCACAUGCCCACGUGGGAGGCCUUACCACAAGGUGUGUGAAGGCUUUGCAUUUAUUUUUAUAUGGCGCUUUGCUAUUCUAUCAAACUAAUGCUGAUACCAUGUUACAAGAAUGAAUCAUGAAUAUUUAAAUAUGGCACAAGCAUAUAUUCUAGCACAGUAUCUUAAAUACAGUGCUUAUUCAAAAUGAGGAAAAAUACCAACAUCAACAUGUAAUUGCUGUGACUGCUUCUUUUUGUGGGGAGGGGACUGAUGUGCGCUGAGGCUUCAUUAACUGAAUUAAAAUCAUGGCAA